AUGAGUGUAAUACAAACAUUUUUAAUAGUCAUGUUUGGAGGAACAUUUAACGGAAACGCACGAAAAAACACAAAACACCACCUUUCCAGUAGCAGGAGCAGCAGGAGCAGUAGUAGUAGUAGUAGUAGCAGCAAUAGGAGUUGUAAUAUCAAUGUUAGUGCACUCAACAGUUGCGGACGCGGCCGACGCGUGGCAACUCCCCGUGGCCGUGCGGGUCAUGAUGGCGACGGUCGUCAUUCUCAUUCGUGGCCGGGGAGCCGCGGGGCACGCAGCCGUAGCGUGUGUCCUCAGGGGGCGGCGACAGUCAUGGCGCAGCAGCAGCAGCAGACAGGUGGUGGCGAUGCCGGCGGCGGCGGCGCCAACAAGCCCAAGAUGACGAGGCCUGUCAGUGAAACAAGAAGGAUCCGCAAGCCCCUGAUGGAGCGGAAGCGUCGCGAGAGGAUCAACACGAGCCUCAACGACCUCGCAGCGCUGCUGACGGAGGCAAAGAUGGUGCGGCCUGAGGCUGCCGCCGCGAUUGGCGGCGGCAGCAGUAGUGGCGCAGGGCGCGCAGCCAAGCUGGAGAAGGCAGACAUUCUGGAACUGACCGUCAAACACAUCCUGCGCCUCAAGGGACGCCGUACGGCUCCCAGCGGCACCUCCGUCGAUGAGCCGAGCGGCACCAGUGCCACGCAGCCACGGGCGGCGGCUGCUUCGCAGGAUACCUCUCAGGGCAACCCGCAGGACGCACAGGUUCUGCAGACUAAGUCUGCUGCUUCCAUGUCUCACAAGGGCCAGCCUGAGUCACCAACCGAAAUCCUGACAGAAACUGAGGUGCCCUGCGCGGCCCCCAGCCCUGCAGAGGCGUCCUCCGGCCCAGCAGAGGGAGCAGACAGCGGCGACAGUUAUCGGCAGGGAUUCCUUCGGUGCAUUAGUGCCCUUAACAAAGUGCUGGACCGCGUGCCCGACACCGUCCUCCGACAGCGGCUGCUGCAGCACUUGCAUGAAUACCUGGCCGGCACGCAGGGCAGCACGUCUGACACCCCGCCUCAUGAGCGGCAGCAGCAGCAGCAGCAGGUUGUUAUCCCCAAGACGGAGCCGCCAGACCCCACCACGCCUGGCGACAUCCCAGCGCCGCGCCUCACACUGGUGCCUACCAGGUUGCCGGGGGGCGGUUUCGCCCUCCUGGUGCAGGGGCCUCUGCCCCCCGCCGCCGCCGGCCUCCUCUCACCCGCAGCCACAGCUGCUGCCAUCACUCAGGGCGAGGCUGGGGAGCCACCCCCUGCCACCAUCACCACGUCGCCGCACCUUGGUAAACUGCCCUCCACAACCCCUGUGCCUUUUAGUGCCACAGUGUCUGUGCCUCCGUCCGCCACCAUGCCAAGUGCCACAAUGACUCCGUCCGCAUCCGUGUAUGUGCCUGAAGCAACGCCUCCGUCCAGCACUGUGCCCGUCACGACAUUCUCCCCUUCACUGCCAUCAUGUACAACAAUAUCUGCCUGUGUCUCAGUGCCUUCGGUUACCACGGUGGUGGCGGCCGCCGCGGCGCCUGUCGCAUCCCUGCUGCCACCCUCCACCACAGUGCUCGCUCCAUCCAGCGCAGUGUCAGUACCACCAAACACCACAGUGCCUCUCUUAACAACUGUUGCUCUCACUCCCCCAGUGUCGUCUCUCCCCUCAACACCUGCCAUUAGUGCAGUUACCGUGCCCACCCUCACCCCCACCACCACCACAGUGCCCCUACCCACCACCACAGUGCCUCCAUCAACAACAGUGAUCUUGACCCCUACGUUAUCGUCCUUCCCCACAAUGCCUGGCAGCAGCGCAGUGGCCACCAGCCCGGUGCCUCCAGGCAGCACAACAGUGCCGGUGACCCCGCCCCCACCCAGGCCCUACGCGGUGCUGCGCCCACAACCCUACGACCCUCCGUCACGACCCGCCACGCCCCACCCCUCCACCCCCACUAGCACACAUUUGCUAUCCGUGACCAUGCCCACCGCCCCCACAACGUCUCACACCCCGCCCACGCUCACUAUUAUUCAUACCCCGCCCACAACCACCCACACGACACACACGAGUCCCCACACCCCGCCCACGACCAUUAAUGCCCCACCCACCGCCAUAAAUGCCCAAACCAUGACUCUCCAAAUCCCGACCACGACCCCGCACCCUCCGCCCACGACCCUCACUACCUCGCAGGCCUCGCAGACGACAGUCAGUGUCACUCCAUCGACCCUUAAUCUCACGCCCACGAUUUUCAAUACCCCGCCCACGACCCCCCAGGCCCCGCCAACCAAGAGAGUGGGCAUCCCGCGUCCCGGUGAUCCUACAUUGAGGAGCUACGGUGUCCUGCUGUCCCCACCCCUCACUCCCAUCACCAGGGAACCCCCACCCCCACCCUACAUCACCACCGCCACCUCCACCAACACCACCCCCAACACCAAUGCCUUCCUGUCACCACCACCACCACCACAACCACCACCACCAUACUACAUCACCCCAACCACCACCAACACCACCACCACUCAUGCUUUUCUGUCACCACCACCACCACCACCACCACCACCACCUUACCACCCACACCCUCAUCACCACUAUCCCUCUCCUACCCCCACACCACCACCACCACCACACCAUCACACCACCACGCAGUCACCACCACUCUACCCCCACCCUCACCGAUCAACCACUCCGCACCAAGAUAUCACCACCACACCAUCACCAAUUCAUCACCGCAGCACCACCACCACCACACACCUGUACACCCCUUCCACCCCCUCCUCCCUCCCUCGGCCAGGUGUAUCAGGCUUGCCCACACCUGCCCACACACCUCACGCCCACCACCACCAUCACCACCACCACCAAACACCUCUUAACAUGUAUACCUUGCCACCUACACCUCCUACUCCACCUGUUCCACCUUCCAUCUACCUCUCCCCUCCUCCACAUCCUCCUCCACAUCCUUCGUUCUUCUUUCACAGGCGAGGGAGAGGUGGAGGGAAGUUCAUGGAAGUGGAGGAGAGAGGUGAAAGGGUACGUGUGGGCGGAGUGAUGGUGGAUGAGGCAAUGGAGGAGGAGGAGGAGGAGGAGGUGGAUGUAGGUGGAGAGAUGGAGGAAGACAUGCCUUAUGACCUGUCCUUAAGGAGAACGUGGAGGCCUUGGUGA